GUCCGGUGCGCAGUGUUCAGCCUCGGUUGCUAAGGAACCACUGAAUGCAGGUGGCUUAAGCAUGACGGUGGCAUAGUGAGGAAAGCUGGUCAGUCUGGCUGGUUGAGGUGUAGAGGGGACACCACAAACCACGCCAGUAUUCUGACUAAUACAAUUUCCACUACCCUCAUUAAAUCUCCUCAUCUCCAUGUCUAUCGCUGGAUUGUUGCUAUAAAUAUGGUGACUCUUAUCACAGAGCAGCUCCGUAAGCAGAGUUUGGAAGAGCCUUAUUACAAAGUUUUCUCAUUCAAUGUCAAUGUGUCAUUACCUGCAGUCGGUUCCAGUCCCACAGUCUCAUGGAGUCCUUGUAGAUCAUCACAAGAGACCAGCUCAGCUACACACCAAUCAUCCAAAGCCAACCCUGUGGGUGAUUCCUGUGGACUAGACUCCCCAUGGUGUCGUUCCCACUCUGGCGAACCUCUCCAGAGACCAGAGGUUUCUUUUUCAAACCAGGUUUUCCAAAGCUCACCACCACCACCUCCAAAACGCCACUGCCGGUCACUCUCUGUUCCAGAGGACCUGUCUCGGUGUCGCUCCACCUGGCAUCCUAGUGCAUCCAAGGUUUGGACCCCAGUCAAACGUGGCUGCCAAAGUGGAGGAGCAUCUAGUUCCAGCUCUGGAGCCAGCUCUUUGCCACUUUGUGGUCCCAGUUCCUCUUUCACCUCUUCUUCCCUACACUCAUCUUCUAGCCCUACCUUCUUUAGCUUAGCACUGUCCUCUGACUCGCCACUACCAUGGAGCUUCUCAUGGGACCCCUGUGACAAACUGAAAGGAGCCUGUUCUGCCUCCUUUGUGACUCCUUCCUCCUGCUCCUCCUCACCAGCUCCCCUGGUUUCCCACUCAGUCCUGCAUCGGCGCUUCUCCCUCUCCCCUGUGCACAUUCAGGAUUCCUCCUUGGUGCUCCUGCCCCCCCAGCCCUCCCCUGUUUCUGCUUUGAGAUAUAGCUGUCCUGGCAUUGAACACCCAGCCCUGUCUUCAUCUCCCACCUCAGCCUGCAGCACACCAUCCUCCUCUAGGCGCGAUCUGCACCUGGCGCUGCCGCGUUGCCACUCGCAGCCCUGUGACAUGCGCAAACCGCGCUUGAAGAGGCGCCAUGACCCAGAUGUUCUACCCUGCCCCAGGCCAGGCCUUGACUUCAGCAAGAUGACACAGAUUGGUAAUCACGAGAGCCUACUGUGUGGUACAGGUGUCUGCAUAGUUCCAGUGUCUUCCCAGGCAGAGCAGUGCUCAGCCUUCUCCCCUGCCGAGUUUCUGGGACGAGCCAGCAUUGGGCCACUAAGUGAAAGUGAAGAAGAUGAUGAUGAUUAUGAUGAUAAAAGAAAAAGGACUGCAAUAGACGGCGAGCAAAAGACUGCUUUUGAAAGAGACUGCACAGAACUGGACUUAAACCUUAUAGAAGAGAACUGAUCACUCCUUGACGCUAGAGUGUGAUAACUGCAUUCAGAACUAUGUUAAGCACACUUGUAGGCUUUGUCCAUUCUUGGAAGAGUCCUUGGGAACCUGCUGCCCUUCUAAGGCAUAUGUUUAGAUUUCAUGAUCAAGAACCAAGCAAUUAGAAGCUAAUAAAAUUACGAUGUUAUGAUUGUAACACUUAGUUUAAUAUUCAACAUUUCACAAAAAUGUCAGUGCCUGCGUAUUCAACACCCCAUAGGGAAAUGUGCACGAGCAAAUAAGCUAGUUUUAUUGCGCACAGAAUUUUGACUAAUAUUUCAUAUUCAGAAAAGUCUUAAUUUACGUUAACUAUUGGAAUGCAGCUUAAUUUCCUUACAACUCGUCAUAAUCAAAGAACUCUGUAUACUGGAGUUAUCAGAAUGUGCUUAAUGUUUCCUCACAAGUGAUUUGAGUACACAGUAAAAGUCAAUAGAAUAGACGUAAACAUUCCUCAGUGCGCAAUCAAAUACUGGCAAUGUAUUUCUGAGAAGCCCAAACAACAUAAGAAUACCAAUCUAUAUGUUAAUGGUCUCAUGUAUGUUAAAUGGGACACAUUCCUGGAUUCCACUGCUAUUCCUUAAAUCCACCACAGAUAUUGUCUUUUUUUUAUCUUUGUUGUCUUGUCUUUUUGAGAGUAACUUCAUCAAAGGGAAAUGUUUUUUUAUAGGGAAAGGACAGCGCUCCCUUUUUGUUCACAUAUUUUCUUUUUAAGAGUUCUCAAUUGCUUGAAAAUAAACAGACCUUCAAGAAUAAUACUGCGUAUACUAUAAACUGACCAUGCCUUAAGCUUAAAACAGUUCUUGGUGCUCUGGUCUUCUUUUCACAGCCAUACAUUUUUGCAAUCUCCAUUUGCGCGAAUUCAGAUAUUUUUGAUGGCACAUGCACUAUAACAGUCAAUUGAAUAGUGGAAUCGAUGCUGCAGCGGGACUCUAUAGGGCACAAUGUAUGGUACUGUACAGUGGUUGGAGUGAGUACACACAUUGAGCCAAUUGAGAGUAUGACAAAGGCGGAACUGAUGUAGAUGAUUUGGUGGCCUUUCAGAAAUUAUGUAUUUUCAGCUGGAAAUACUACUGUUGCACAAUUUAUGUACAAAUAAAAUUUAAUAGAGAAUUUUUUUUCC